UUCACAUGAUCUGUAGCUUUCACAAGAAGAGAGACGGGAAUGUGGAUAAGAGCGACAACACCGAUGGCUGAGCGAAGCCACAGUCCGUCCAUAAUGCGUUUAUUUUACAUUGUCUGCAUCUGGGUGGCAUUUAUCCACUGCACCAACGGAAUUCCCUGGACUCAAGAGAAGCUCCAUCAUCGAGCAGUCACACUAACACAAGAGGAGAUCCAGACUGCGUUGUCACACACUGACCUGGAGCAGAUGUGGCAGAGGGACCUGAGGCCUCUGCUUGUUACCAGGUAUCCAGGCUCAGCAGGCAGCCAGGCCGUGCAGCAGCAUAUUAAGACAGCCCUCGGUUCCCUCGGGGCAGGCUGGGAAGUGACGGAGGAUAGUUUUGUGUCACAAACACCCUAUAGCCCACUCCCCUUCACCAACCUCAUUGCCACCCUCAACCCAUCAGCCAAGCGUCGCUUGGUCCUGGCCUGUCACUAUGACUCCAAGUACUUCCCACCACAAUGGCAUGGGAGGGAGUUCCAAGGCGCCACUGAUUCUGCUGUUCCCUGUGCCAUGAUGUUGGAGCUGGCAAAAGCCCUGGAUGAAGAACUCAAAGCUCAGAAGAGUGCCGAUGCCAACCUGACCCUACAGUUAAUUUUCUUUGAUGGAGAGGAAGCUCUUUUCCAGUGGACCCCUACAGACUCCCUGUAUGGCUCUCGCCACCUUGCCCAGAAGAUGGAGCGUACCCCACACCCCGCUGGAGCCACAGACACCAAUCAACUGCACGGCAUAGAUCUAUUUGUUUUGCUGGACCUGAUCGGGGGCCCCGACCCACGCUUUGGGAACCAGUUCCCUAUCACAUCACACUGGCUCUCCAAACUGCAGAACAUUGAAAAGCGUCUACAUUCCAUGAACCAGCUUGUGAAUCAUCCCCAAGCCGUGCAAUAUUUCUGGCCAAAUCAUCCUGUUGGCCACAUUCAAGAUGAUCAUAUACCAUUUUUAAACAGAGGAGUCCGUAUCCUCCACCUGAUCCCCUCCCCCUUCCCAUCCGUGUGGCACACAUUUGAUGACAAUGAGCAAAACCUGGAUCGCUCCACCAUUCAGAACCUGAACAAGAUCCUGCAGGUCUUUGUUCUGGAGUACCUCGACGCAAGACCUGCCAACACUACAAACCAUUCCAAUCCUUCAAACCCUCAAAAUGCCCCGUAAAACCUUAAAUUUCUUUCAACAACCUUUCUUUUGAUGUUUCACCAUAAUAAAAAUGUUCAACUGUUACUUUAUGAGAAUAUACUGCAUAUACAUAUCUCUAAAAAUACCAACAAUAUGGAUUUGUUGACUCCAUGAGUGAUAUGUGAGGUUGAAAUAAAACCCUCAAUGACAUGGACAAGUACAUUUUUUACUGGUAAAACUAGAUAUAACUAUAUUUUGGCUUAUGUGAGUAUGUGAAAUGUAUUUUCUUUCCUAAUGGAGCCACUUGAAGACUAUGUAGCCUCAUCUUUCCUCCAAGCCUUAAGUCCCCCCAGCAACAAGAUCACAACACAGGCUCUUCUGUGUGAUUUUUUACUACACUGCUUUCUUUAUAUCAGCCUGCACCCCCUCCCUUACACUGUGAGGAGGCUUUAGUGUCAAUACUAAUGUCAAAGAUCUGGUCCACUUGACUAUAAAAUGAAAGAAAAAAGCAUUAAAAAAUAAUAAUUGGCAGCAAAAAUGUUGUGACAUGUUAAUCAUUUUUAUUAUGCAUUUCUUAUUCCCAAUGGUUAUGUAUAAAAUUCAGAAUCCCUACUCUGUUAUGUUGUGGAUAAACAUACAGCCCAUAACAUAGCACAUACAUAAAUGCUGCCAAAAUGUAUGGGGCAGAGUUUGUGGAGAUAGACAUGAAGCGGUGUCACAUGCUGUGUGUUUUAGCUACAGACCAGGGUAUGUGACGUUUCCUAUCCUACAGCAAAUCUGUUCAGUGUUUAUAGAGCAAACCUGUCAUGGGCAGGAUGUGGGUUUAUUUGUAUUAUAAAAACAUCUUUAGCCCUUCAUAUCCUGUCAUCUUACAUAGUGAACUGGAUAGUUUCCUGUGCUGAUGUUUCAUGUGCCUGCCUCUGUUUAUAUGACAUUAUUAGCCCGUUCUUAAUGUUGAUCCCAGAAUAAUAUACAAUGUCAAAACUGGACUUCCUGUAUUUUGAGUCUGGAAUAAAUGUUGAUUCAGAAUACAACAGA